AUGCAACUUCAAAAACUUUUAUUACUAGGAUCAUUACUCUCUAGUUCCUUUGCUGCUCCUGUUGAGGAGAGAAAACGGUUUUCUUCUGUUGAAGAAGAAGAUUCGUCGUCCUCUUCAGUUUUUCCCGUCUUCCAUCUUUUGAAUGAUGAAAGCGGAAAAGAGACUGGCUUUCUAAGGAGAAGAGAUUUGGAUACCGCUAACUUACCAGACGGCGCAGAACAUAAAACCGUUACUACUUCGGUCAAUGGCCAAUAUGGAACCUAUUUGGAAGUAGUUUAUACUUCAACAAUCAGACCUGCUUCUACUUAUGUUGUUACUACUACCAUCUAUUCUACGAAGACUUUACAGGAUGGACAGGUUACUACUAUUACAUCUGUUGCCGGAUCGACGACCACUCAGUCUGCUAUUUAUGCAACAGAAGCAGCUCAAGACACUGAGGAUGACUCAACUACACCUUCAGCUACUUCUUCUCUUGCACAAGAGACUGGCGAUGAUAGUGCUACGGAAACCAACAACGCAGCUACAACUGUCACUGCUGAGUCUUCAUCAUCAUCGAGCUCCGUUAGCCAUGCAUCAACCUCAUUGAGUGUUUCAUUUGCUUCAAACACUGACAGUGCCUCAUAUACUGCAUAUUACACCGAAACCGUCGAUGAUGGAACCUGUAUCGUAUAUUACGCAGAAGACGAUGAAACAGCUUCCUACAGUGACGAGGAUCCUUACACCACCGUAACAUUGACUUCUGUAGUUGCCACUGUCACAAUGACUCAAGAUUAA